AUGGAGACCCCCUCCCGAACCAGGGCGAAGGCCGAGAGCAGAGGGAUUACAUUGGAAGACCUACGCGGUCUCCUGGAUACCCAGACUCAGCAGAUCCAAGAGAGCCAUCAGCAAGAUCUCCUCGACCUGAAAACCGCGACCUUCAAAGAAUUGACGACCAUCAAGAAAGAUGUGAGAAAGCAAGGAGACCACAUAGAGCAACUUCGAGACCAAUACGACCAGAUGGAAUCACGGAUCCGGGCCUUGGAGGAAAAGGGCCCUUCUACUUCGACAGUGGCGUCAGAAUCCGGAAGACCCAAUCUACUCAUCAUGGCGGGAUGGCCGCAGGACACGCCCAAAGAUACCUUACUCCAAGAACUGGACGACUGCCUCAAGCAGCUCGGACUCGCGGAGGCCUUCGAGGAAAUGUUCUGCACCGGACCGCGCAGAGGCUUCGCCAUGACCUUUGUACGAACCGACCAUACAGAAAGUGGUACCCAGCUCAAACGGAGACUUAUUACCAUCGCGCAGCAGGUGCAGAGGGCCAACCUCAGAGCCCCCAGCAUGGAUCAGGACAAGACCCUACGGGCCACAUUGGGCAAAAGCCGGGAGGAGCGCCUCUUGUCGAACCACACGGGGAAGACCAAGCGCCUCAUUCUUGCCGCGGACCCGAGCCUCAAGCUUUAUGUGGAAACAAAAUACUCUGCAGGAAGCGUCUGGUGCUGCAGCCAGCUCAUGUCAUCGGCUACACGCCCGCCGCCGCGCCAGGGAUGUAAAGCCGGCAAACCGCCCCGCAGCUGGAUUGACCUCCAAAGCAUUAGCGUCAUGCUGCGAGUGUCCGCCGACGACCUUGAGAAACAGUGGGACGACCUCAUGUCCUACUGA